UGAAGCCGCCCGUUUCCUGCUGGGCGGCGCGACGGCACCUGAGCAACUGCGGCGGCGGCGCCUUGGAUCGGGGGGCCCAGUCUGUAGUGCCGGCGCCGCCGCGUCUUUCCGUUCUCCUUUCUCGGACGCGCACGCUGUUCCUACCGGGCCCGCUGUGCCUCGAAUGACAAACUAGGUCUGUUCUGGAAGUUAAAAAAAUCAAGGUUUUAUAGGAUAACAUUAACAAAAGCAUGAUGGAGUUUUAUGAGUCAACAUAUUUUAUUGUCCUUAUUCCUUCAGUAGUUAUUACAGUAAUUUUCCUCUUCUUCUGGCUUUUCAUGAAAGAAACAUUAUAUGAUGAAGUUCUUGCAAAACAGAAAAGAGAACAAAAGCUUAUUCCUACCAAAACAGAUAAAAAGAAGGCAGAAAAGAAAAAGAAUAAAAAGAAAGAAAUCCAGAAUGGGAACCUCCAUGAAUCUGAUUCUGAGAGUGUACCCCGGGACUUUAAAUUAUCUGAUGCCUUGGCUGUAGAAGAUGAGCAAGUUGUAACUGUUCCAUUGAAUGUGGUUGAAACUUCAAGUAGUGUUAGAGAAAGAAAGAAGAAGGAAAAGAAACACAAGCCUGUAUUAGAAGAGCAGGUCACCAAAGAAAGUGAUGUAUCAAAGAUUCCAGGCAAAAAAGUAGAACCUGUCCCAGUUACUCAGCAGCCCACCCCACCCUCGGAAGCAGGUGUCUCAAAGAAGAAACCAGGGCAGAAGAAGUCUAAAAAUGGAAGCGAUGAUCAGGAUAAAAACGUGGAAACUCUUAUGGCACCUUCAAAAAAGCAAGAAUCAUUACCCCUCCACCAAGAGACUAAACAAGAAGGUGGAUCAGGAAAGAAGAAAGUAUCGUCAAAGAAGCAAAAGACAGAAAAUGUCUUGGUAGAUGAACCCCUUAUUCAUGCAACUACUUACAUUCCUUUGAUGGAUAAUGCUGACUCAAAUCCUGUGGUGGACAAGAGAGAGGUUAUUGAUCUGAUUAAACCUGACCAAAUAGAAGGAAUCCAGAAAACGGGGGCUAAAAAACUGAAGACUGAAACUGACAAAGAAAAUGCUGAAGUGAAAUUUAAAGAUUUUCUUCUGUCCUUGAAGACUAUGAUGUUUUCUGAAGAUGAGGCCCUUUGUGUUAUAGAUUUGCUAAAGGAGAAGUCUGGUGUGAUACAGGAUGCUUUAAAGAAGUCAAGUAAAGGAGAGUUGACUGCACUUGUACAUCAGCUUCAAGAAAAAGACAAAUUACUUGCUGCUGUGAAGGAAGAUGCUGCUGCCAUGAAGGAUCGGUGUAAGCAGUUAACCCAGGAAAUGAUGACAGAAAAAGAAAGAAGCAGUGUGGUUAUAGCAAGGAUGAAAGAUCGGAUUGGAGCAUUAGAAAAGGAACAUAAUAUAUUUCAAAACAAAAUGCAUGUCAGUUAUCAAGAGACUCAACAGAUGCAGAUGAAGUUUCAGCAAGUUCGUGAGCAGAUGGAGGCAGAGAUAGCUCACUUGAAGCAGGAAAAUGGCAUACUGAGAGAUGCUGUCAGCAACACUACAAACCAAUUAGAAAGCAAGCAGUCUGCUGAACUAAAUAAACUGCGCCAGGAUUAUGCUAGAUUGGUGAAUGAACUGACUGAGAAAACAGGAAAGCUACAGCAAGAGGAAGUCCAAAAGAAGAAUGCUGAGCAAGCAGUUACUCAGUUAAAGGUUCAACUACAGGAAGCUGAGAGAAGAUGGGAAGAAGUUCAGAGCUAUAUCAGGAAGAGAACAGCAGAGCAUGAAGCAGCACAGCAAGAUUUACAGAGUAAAUUUGUGGCCAAAGAAAAUGAAGUACAGAGUCUGCAUAGUAAGCUUACAGAUACCUUGGUAUCAAAACAGCAGUUGGAGCAAAGACUAAUACAGUUAAUGGAAUCAGAACAAAAAAGGGUGGAGAAAGAAGAGUCUCUACAAAUACAAGUUCAGGAUGUUUUGGAGCAGAAUGAGGCUUUGAAAGCUCAAAUUCAACAAUUUCAUUCCCAGAUAGCAGCCCAGACCUCUGCUUCAGUUCUAGCAGAAGAAUUACAUAAAGUGAUUGCAGAAAAGGAUAAGCAGAUAAAACAGACUGAAGAUUCUUUAGCAAAUGAACAUGAUCAUUUAACAAGUAAAGAGGAGGAACUUAAGGAUAUACAGAAUAUGAAUUUCUUAUUAAAAGCUGAAGUGCAAAAAUUACAGGCCCUGGCAAAUGAACAGGCUGCUGCUGCACAUGAACUGGACAAGAUGCAAAAAAGCGUUCAUGUUAAGGAUGAUAAAAUAAGAUUGCUUGAAGAGCAGCUACAAUGUGCAAUUUCAAACAAAAUGGAAGAAUUUAAGAUUCUAAAUGACCAAAACAAAGCAUUACAAUUAGAAGUUCAGAAGCUACAGACUCUUGUUUCUGAACAGCCUAAUAAAGAUGUUGUGGAACAAAUGGAAAAAUGCAUUCAAGAAAAAGAUGAGAAGUUGAAGACUGUGGAAGAAUUACUUGAAACUGGACUUAUUCAGGUGGCCACUAAAGAAGAGGAACUGAAUGCAAUAAGAACAGAAAAUUCAUCUCUGACCAAAGAAGUUCAGGACUUAAAGGCUAAGCAAAAUGAUCAGGUUUCUUUUGCAUCUCUAGUUGAAGAACUUAAGAAAGUGAUCCAUGAAAAAGAUGGAAAGAUCAAGUCUGUAGAAGAGCUUCUGGAAGCUGAACUUCUCAAAGUUGCUAAUAAGGAGAAAACUAUUCAGGAUUUGAAACAGGAAAUAGAGGCUCUAAAAGAAGAAAUAGGAAAUACCCAGCUUGAAAAGGCUCAACAGUUGUCUAUCACUUCUCAAGUUCAAGAGCUUCAGAACUUGUUAAAAGGAAAGGAGGAGCAGAUGAAUACCAUGAAGACUGUUUUAGAAGAGAAGGAGAAAGAUCUAGUCAAUAGAGGGAAAUGGUUACAGGAUCUUCAAGAAGAAAAUGAAUCUUUAAAAGCUCAUGUUCAGGAGGUAGCACAACAUAACCUGAAAGAGGCAUGUUCUGCAUCACAAUUUGAAGAACUUGAGACUAUGUUGAAAGAAAAGGAAAAUGAAAUGAAAAGAGUAGAAACUAUGCUGAAAGAGAGGGAGAGUGAUCUGUCUAGCAAAACAAAGCAGUUACAGGAGGUACAAGAUGAAAACAAAUUGUUUAAAUCCCAAAUUGAGCAGCUUCAGCAACAAAACUACCAACAGGCAUCUUCUUUUUCCUCUCCCGAAGCACUGUUAAAAAUAAUUUCAGAAAGAGAGAAAGAAAUAACUGAUCUCCAGAAUGAAUUAGAUUCUUUGAAGGAUGCGGUUGAACACCAGAGGAAGAAAAACAAUGACCUUCGGGAGAAAAACUGGGAAGCAAUGGAAGCAUUGGCAUCAACUGAAAAAAUGCUGCAGGAGAAAGUGAACAAGACUUCCAAGGAAAGACAACAACAUGUGGAAGCUGUUGAAUUGGAAGCUAAGGAAGUUCUCAAAAAACUAUUUCCAAAGGUGUCUGUCUCUUCUAAUUUGAGUUACAGUGAAUGGUUGCGUGGAUUUGAAAAGAAGGCAAAGGAAUGUGUAACUGAAACUUCUGGUUCAGAGGAGGUUAAGGUUCUAGAGCACAAGUUGAAGGAAGCUGAUGAAAUGCACACAUUGUUACAGCUAGAAUGUGAAAAAUAUAAAUCCGUCCUUGCAGAAACAGAAGGAAUUUUACAGAAGCUACAGAGAAGUGUGGAGCAAGAAGAAAAUAAGUGGAAAGUUAAGGUCGAUGAAUCACAAAAGAUUAUUAAACAGAUGCAGUUGUCAUUCACAUCUUCGGAACAAGAGCUAGAGCGAUUAAGAAGAGAAAAUAAAGAUAUUGAAAAUUUGAGACGCGAACGAGAACAUUUGGAAAUGGAACUAGAGAAGGCAGAAAUUGAACGAUCUACUUAUGUCACAGAAGUCAGAGAGCUGAAAGAUCUGUUGACUGAAUUGCAGAAAAAACUUGAUGAUUCAUAUUCUGAAGCAGUAAGACAGAAUGAAGAGCUAAAUUUGUUAAAAACACAGUUAAACGAAACAGUCAAAAAACUUAGAACUGAACAAAGUGAAAGACAGAAGGUAGCUGGUGACUUGCAUAAGGCUCAACAGUCACUGGAUCUUAUCCAGUCAAAAAUAGUAAAAGCUGCUGGAGAUACUACUGUUAUUGAGAAUAGUGAUGUUUCCUCAGAAACGGGGUCUACUGAGAAGGAGACAAUGUCUGUAAGUCUAAAUCAGACUGUAACACAGUUACAGCAGUUGCUUCAGGCAGUAAACGAAGAGCUCACAAAGGAGAAAGAACACUACCAUGUAUUAGAGUGAAGUAAUUGGGAAACCAUUCAAGGAUAACAGGAGGCAUUGUAUUAUAUUUUGCCAAAUUAAAGCCUUAUUUAUGUUUUCACCCUUUCUACUUCGUCAGAAACACUGAACAGAGUUUUGUCUUUUCUAAUCCUUGUUAGACUACUGAUUUAAAGAGAGAGAAAAAAAGCCAACUCUGUAGACACCUUCAGAGUUUAGUUUUAUAAUAAAAACUCUUUGAAUAAUUAGACCUUUACAUUCCUGAAGAUAAAAUAAACAUGUAAUCUUUUAUCUUAUUUUGCUCAAUAAAAUUGUUCAGAAGAUCAAAAGUGGUAAAGACAAUGUAAAAUUUAACAUUUUAAUACUGAUGUUGUACACUGUUUUACUUAACAUUUUGGGGAGUAACUGCCUCUGACUUCAACUCAAGAAAACGCUUUUGUUGCUAAUGUAAUCGGUUUUGUAAUGGCGCCGGCAAAUAAAGGGAUGCUUAUUAUUCA